AUGCCUGCCAGAGGCUCCCCUGGGCUACUGUCACCAGCGCUGCCUCUCACCUCCUCGGUCCUGAUGCUACUCAUGAGCACCUUGUGGCUGGUGGGGGCUGGCCCCAGCCUUGGCCUAGCCCCAGAGCUGCUGCUGGACCCUUGGCAAGUGCACCGGCUGCUGACCCAUGCCCUGGGCCACACGGCCCUACCCGGCCUGCUCCUGAGCCUGCUGCUCCUGCCUACAUUGGGCUGGCAGCAGGAGUGCCACCUGGGCACACUGUGGUUCCUGCAUGCCUCUGCCCUGCUCGCCCUGGGCACCGGGCUAAUGGCCAUGCUGCUGGCAGGCCUCGGGGUGUCCAGUGCAGCCGGUGGCUGCGGAUACAUGCCUGUCCACUUGGCCAUGCUAGAGGGGCAGGGUUGUCACCCUAGACGGCCCCAUGGGGCACUGCCACCAUGGCUGCUGCUCGCCCUGAGACCGCUGCUCAGCUCUGAGCCACCCUUCCUGCAGCUCUUCUGCGGCCUCCUUGCUGGCCUGGCCUAUGUAGCUGGGGCCUUCCGGUGGCUGGAGCUCUCCGAGCGGCAGCUACAGGCACUGCAGGAGGGCGUCUUGUGCCGGGCCCUGGCGGGGUGCUGGCCACUCAGGCUUCUUCCCCCCACAGGCAGCCUGGCUGAGCUGCCUGUCACCCAUCCUGCUGGAGUGAGGCCUCCCAGCCCUGGACCUCCUUACAUGGCCUCCUCUAGCCUCUGGUCCCACCGUGAAGGCUCAGCCCUACUCCCGCCAGGCCUGGGGCCUGCGCAGCCAACCUGGGAAGGCUCCUCAGAGGUGGGCCAGGCCUGGGCUGGGCCCAGCUUCCCUCCAGGGACCCCGCUGUGGGCGGCCCUGGAUGAGCAGAGGCUGCAGGAGGGGAUCCAAGCCUCGCUCCUUGAGGGGCCAGCACAGGGUCCUGAGAGCCCACUAUGGCUGGCCAAGUCCUCUGUUUCCUCUCUGCGGCUGCAGCAGCUGGAGCGCAUGGGCUUCCCCACGGAGCAGGCAGUGGUGGCACUGGCAGCCACAGGCCGCGUGGAGGGCGCCGUGUCACUGCUGGUGGGGGGGCAGGUGGGCGCUGAGGCCCUGGUGACUGAGGGGAGGGGCAGGCCUGCCCACCCCGAGGGCCCUGGGCCCCCCUAGCACAGGCAGGCCCUCAGGUGACUAGAGGC